AAAUUAUUUAGUUAAAAUAAUAUUAAAUCUGUCCCAAAAUAAGGCUAACUGUUAGCCCUAUAUGGCUUGUAGAAAAUAAUAUCAUAUUUAGUGAUCUAUUUAAUAUUUGAGAUAUUUAGCAUUUUUAAUAAUUAGAAUAGUUUACUUUUUCUAGUAUUAAACUGUUGAUAUUAUCUACGGAAAUGUAUAGUUAUUUCAGCUGUCGAUUAGGGGACUUUAAUUUCCGUUCAAAUAUUUUUUUUAAAAAAAAUUGAUCAACAAUUUACAAUUCAUUUUUACUUCCUUCAUAUCAUGAAUUUUGAGAUUGAGCCAUCAUUAAUAGACAUUGAAGAAUGUGUCCAAAGCAAUCGCCUUUAUCAUUCUGAUCAGUACCAUAAAGUUUCAAAAAAAGAAAAAGAAAGAAUUCAGCAUGAUCUACUUGAAUGGUAUCAUGCAAAAAAAAGAACAAACAUGCCUUGGAGAAAAGAUGUGGACAAAUCAUGGGAUCGUGAAGCCUUAGGACAAAGAGCAUAUGAAGUAUGGGUGAGCGAAAUUAUGCUUCAACAAACUCAAGUAGCUACAGUCAUUGACUAUUAUAAUCGAUGGAUGACUGCUUUUCCUACGAUACGAGACUUGGCUAAAGCAGAUAUUGAAAAUGUGAAUAAACUAUGGUCUGGAUUAGGCUAUUAUUCAAGAGCAAAACGUUUAUGGGAAGGCGCUCAAAAGGUGGUAAGCAAGUUUAAUGGGUUAUUACCCGAUAAUGCAAAAGAUUUACAAAAUGAAAUACCUGGUGUAGGAAGAUACACAGCAGGUGCCAUUUCAUCUAUUGUAUUUGGCGAGCCUUCUCCUGUUGUUGAUGGUAAUGUCAUUCGAGUUCUUUCAAGAUGGAGAGCUAUACAUGCUGAUCCAAAAAAGAUAAAAUCAGUUGAUUUAUUUUGGGAAAUAGCUGCUAGUAUUGUGCCUGAGCUAAACCCUGGUGAUUUUAAUCAAGCUUUGAUGGAGUUAGGUGCACGAAUAUGUACUCCUCAAAACCCUAAUUGUGUAGAAUGUCCAAUUAAAAAUGACUGUAAAGCUUUUAAUCAGUUAAGAGUAAUGAAGGAUUUAGCGAAAAAUGGGUUUUUUCAUGAAAAAACGAAAAAGAGAAAGCAAAUGUCCAUUAGUCAUGAGUGUUCCGUUUGUCAUGAAAUUCAGGAAGAUAUAUCAGAAGAAGACUAUGCAGUUACUCGGUAUCCUCUUAAAGUUAGUAAAAAACCACCGAGGGAUGAAGAAUGUGCUGUAGCUAUUGUAGAAAUGAUUAAUUCUAAAGAUGAUGAGCCUCUUUAUUUGAUAUCUAAAAGACCUAGUACAGGUUUACUAGCUGGUCUCUGGGAGUUUCCUAGUCUUGAAUUAGAAUCCUUAGGAAUUAAUUAUGAAGAUAGAAUGAAGAAGACUUCACAAUUUUUAAAAACAAAAUACCAAAUAGAACUAGAAAAUUUAUCAGCAAUUAGACACGAUUUGGGAAAUGUAGUUCAUCUAUUUUCUCAUAUUAGAAAAGUAUAUUAUAUUGAAUGGAUUCAAUAUCAAUAUAAUAAGGAUAAAGACAUUAUAAACAAUAAAGAAGACAUAAAAUGGGUAACUUUAGAUGAACUCAGGUCAUCACCUCUACCAACUGGUUUAAAGAAAGCCUUUAAAUUACUUGAAAAAUUUAAAACAUCAAAUACGACUCAUUUAAGUAAAAAGAAGAAAGUGAUUAGCAAAACUAUUAAAUCGGCAGACAUUACUUCCUUUUUCAGUGUUAAAAAGAAGUAAUAAGUUGUAAAAUAUGCUUCAAUAAAUUUAUGUAUAAUGUUGUUUAUAAACAAACAAAUAAGAGGAAAAAAAAAAAAGGACUGCAGAC